UAACAAAAAUGUGAAUAACACUCUGGCCCGAGCGGAGACGACCGAACCGGUCUCCUCCGUGACGGCUUACAGUGCGCAGCCGGUGACGUACACCGAAUGUUUCGUAUCUUGGCGUUUCCCGCGUGUCUCCCUUUCGCCGUCAUCGUCUUGUCCGACCGGACUACUUAUUCUUGAGCGCGCGACCGCGUUCGCUGUUCCAUUUCGCGUACGGAAAAUGCAACGCUCCGACCAUAGUCUCCGCCACUGUUGGACGUAACGCCACGACCAGCCACCACACCACGGGACACAGUUGGCCCGUCCUUCCGGCGGGAUGGCCCGCGACGUUAUCGUGCACGACGUGGAUCUGCCGUCGCUGGAGUACGACGACGAAGAGACCGCUUACAUGUCCACAGAGACGCCUAGUUUCGACGCGGACGACGCUACGCUGGGCAGCACGUUCGUCAUCGUCGACGAGGACGUAUCCGAUCCGGACGACGACGAUGGAGUCGGCGAAGAGGACGACGUCUCUCCGCUGGUGGCCCGGACGGCAUCGACCUCGGUCACCGAUUCGCGGUCGUCGUCCUCAGCCACUGGCAAGGUCAAGUUCAUGGACAAGAUCCGAGAACACAAAAGCUACCAGAAGCUGGCGAGGAUCGUAAAAAAAAAAGGUGAAGAACCCCCAGUAAUCAUGUCACCAGAUUCAGGAAUUAACGAAUUGCAAGGCCUUAGCCUCGAAGAACAGGAAAAGCAGAAAGAAGAAUGGCAACAAGAGCUGAACAAGGUGGAAGAAGAAAUCAAGACAUUACGCGAAGUGCUGGGUUCCAAGGUGAAAGCAUCUCAAGAGCUUAGACGUAAGCUCGGUUAUACUGUUUGGCAAGAGAUUAGUGAAGAUGUGUCACAGAGUUUACGAAAUGUUAAAGAGUCAAAUGUUUAUCAAAAUGUAGAGGACAAAUUUACCCAAUUUGGAAAAGCUGUUGUUGACGCACCAAUAUUCAACUUUUCUUUACCAGAAUCGGGCGACAUGCGCACCCCAACCAGGAACAUGGUUCUAAAACACUGUUACCAAAAUGUAGAAGGCAAGGUUAAGCAGUUUGGAUCAGCGGUCACCGAAACGCCUAUUUAUCAAAAAACUGAAUCUGUAGUAAAAACAACUGCAGAGAAAGCUACAACAAUAUUUGGAGGAUUUGGUAGUGGUCUCACAACCAAACUUGGCCAAAUUAAGAACUCCGAAUCAUUCCGUUCUUUUGAAGAAAAAGUGGGUUCAGCUUUGGAAAAUGUUAAGACAAAAGUUGCAUCUCGAUCCAACUCUAUGCAGAACUUUGAUGAGAUAUUGGAGGAAGAAACUCGUUUGGCAAAUGAAGAAAAACGUUCUCGAGAAGAGCGUGAGGCAGCAACAAAAUAAAUUUUUGCUAUCAUAAAUCAUCUCUCUUGUACUUUGACAUUUAUCAUAAUCGUGCAAUCUUGGUCACUUAAGUACAGAAUUUACCUUAACUUAGGCACUACAAAUUCAAUUUCUCACAAUUAUUUUUCUCCUGAAUUUAGUGUUGAAUGAAAUGUAUUUUAUUAUUAUAUAAAACAUUUUUUUCCAUAAUGUUAAUCUUUGAUUUGUAAUUUUUAAUAGUUAUUAAUCUUAUUUAUAUAAAUAUAAUAUAUAUAUAUUUUUUUUUUGUAAAAAUAAACUUAUGAGCGCUUUAAUUCUGAAAUAAUAAUUAAAUUUGUGCCUAUACAAC